CGCCCGUUCCGAAAACGGCGUCUCGGGUUCGCAGGCAAACAUCCCCGCGCUGAUCUCUUUGAGACCGAUCCGGCGCCGGCCGUGCAGAUAGUCGGUGGUGGUAGAUGGCCGGCUCGACCGUUGCACCCUUUCCGAAAAUGGCGUUUCGAGAUAGCAGGCGAACGUCUCUCCGCUGAUCCCUUUGCGAUGGAUCCGACGCUGGACAUGUAA